AUGUGGCUUCUUGGGGUUAUGGCUUUGGUGGCGGGGUUUGGACUUGGGGCCGCGGAGCCUGCUCCCUUGAACCACAACAUCCCUAGAUUUCCCGGGGCCGCAGAAACUACAUCCCCGGGUUUCUACCCUCCAUUCGACCCAUCUACCUGUUUGGCGACAGCGACCACGACCUCCACAUCGAUCUACAUCUCUACGGUCGUGAUCACACAAACUGUAACCCCUAUUCCUGAAACCGAAACAUCGUCGUUCGUGACUCCUCCGACGAUCUACACGACAUCGCCGACAGACUGGUCGGUCAUUCCCGUCAGCACAGGCACACGGUGUUUCUCUCUGUUCAAUGGAGAAUCGUCCUGCUUCACAUGGACAGAUGAAUCCACGAUCUACACUGGAACUCCUUCUGUCAUUGUCAGUCUACCUACGCCGUCCGAAAGCACGCCUGUCAUUGUCAGCACGACAAGUUACUACACCAUUCCGGAGUACUCGUCUUCUGUUCCGGCAUAUCCAUCUUACCCAACGCCGCCAUCCUAUUCCCCACCACCUCCAUAUACCCCAACGUAUGCGACCUACACAACAACCUACUACCCAUCGCUGUCUACUGCCUCUACGUCGCCUGAAUACACACCAUUGCCUUCGUCAACGACUUACUCGUACACCUUCUUACCGCCUUCGCCAACAUCUCCGUAUACGAUCUUGACAUCACUGACUCCCUCUACACCGGAGUUUUCCUCUGUUUUCCCGACCACAACGGAGCUCCCGUCUACUCCAAUCGAGCGAACGACAACCUACAGCGAAUCUACUUCGGUGUAUACGGUCUCGUAUACUUACUACCCCUCCGAGAGCACUACGCCGUACUCCACCCCGACUGAGUCUUGGCUCCCCUUAACUGAAACUUCCCUCUGGUCUUAUCUCUCUUAUACCCCAAGCUACACCUACAGCCCGACCUACACUUACACGCCAACUUACACCCCUACCUACACCUACACCGAGUCAACCUACACUCCAGCUACCUACAUCACAUUCACAUACUCUCCUUCUACCUACAUCGCAACAACGACGUACACUCCCAUCUACACGGAGACCGAGAUUUCUGGCACAUCAACUUACGAGACGACGUAUCCCGGUACCCCUACUAUCUCGAUAUACACUUCAAUCAUCUCCGUUGCAUCGUUGGCGCCUACCACAUCCUCCACCUUGGUCCCGCUCACUCCCAGCACUGUUACAGUAUCCUGGUCGGACACAACUUUCGCCACCAUCAUUUCAGUGCCGGCCACGGACACGGGCUUGCUACCGACAUAUACGACGUCCCCCACGUUGACAGCGUACACCCUAUCGACCGUGUACUAUCCAUCGACCUACACCACUGGCUACCCCAUCACGACAUAUUACACGACCUACACGCUGUACCCCACUCUCUCUACUCGUACCUAUCCCGGCCUCACCAGCAUCACUGUCUACCAGUCAGACACGACAUACACGACGGUCUAUCCCGCCACUAAAACAACCACCUACACCGUGUCCGCUCAGACAACACCCUACACCCCGUCAUAUAGCAGCGGUCUAACAACCUUCUACACGAUACAAACCCCAUACUCCUACCAGACUUCAGCGGCCAGCAUACCGUCCGGUUACACCUGGAGCUACUCUACUAUCACUAACACCAUCUCGUCAUCCAUCUCCCGCACCUACACAGAGUCAUUCCUCGUCCCUGCUGUUGUCACGACAACCGUGUAUUAUACGUUCACCCCGUCCUACACUUACACAGAAACGUCAUUCAAUCCGUCAUCCACUCCAUCCUACACUCCAACUUCAUACUUCUCUCCAAUUUACCCAUCCUCCUCGCCGUAUUACAGCUACAGCUACAGCUACUCGCCAUAUUCCUACUCCUACACGCCAUCAUACUCCUAUUCCUACUCUCCAUCAUCUUCCUACUCCUACUCCCCGUCGUACACGCCAACCUACACGCCAACUUACACGUCUUACAUCCCAACCUACACUUACACUUCGUCAUACACGCCGGUAUACCCAUCCUACUCGCCAUCCUACAGCUACACCCCCUCUUACCCAACCUACCCCUACCCCUCCUACACAACCUACACCUACUCCUACACCCCCUACUACCCCAGCAGCAGCAACACCGCCAUCGCCUACACCACAACCGUCUAUGGCGCCACGGCCACGGCCUCGACCUUCGUCACCCUCGUCACCACGCUGCUGACGACGACGACCGAGGAGUGUGCGACGACGACGGACAGCAAUGGCGUCGUUGUUGUGUCUGGGACGCCUGUGUAUACGAUUGCGACGGAUGCGGCUGGCGCUGUUGCAAGUGGUGGCGCCGGUGGUGUGGAUGGAGGGAAGGGGACGAUGAGGAGGAGAGGACGGAGGAUGGUGAGUGGGGAGGGGGAGGGGAUGGAGAAAGAAGAGAAGGAGAAGGAGAAGAGGGAUGGGGAGGGCGUUGGGUGCGGUGUUGGGAAUGGGGUGUGA